AUGCAUUUCGCACGACGAUCCACGCACACACGCAGAGAAAAAAAAAAAGACUCCAUUCAAACAGUCGAAACAAUUCUCUGUCAAUAUUCUGUAACGCCUCAUCCCCGUUCUUUUCCCUACUUGAAGGAGGCGCUGUGUCCAAGUUCAAAUUUUAAAGUGGGGGUCUCUGGCGCCCAUUUGUUUCCGAUAAAUAAAACAAAAAAAAAAAAAAGAGAGAAUUUAUUUGUGCCGACGCGUCCGUUACACACUUGGGGUUUCGCCCGGACGAUUGCACUGCCCUCUAAACCCGCCCCCUGGGUCACACUCUUCAUUUGCGGUGAGGGGAUAACUGUUUAG